GUCCAGGGGCAGGGCUGGGGCGGCGGGGAGCAGGGGACGUCGGAGACUCUGAAUCCCGGGAAAAGUUCAAGGUUUGUACAGAUCCAUCGUCCCGGGGGGAAGAAAGCGAAGAGCGAGGCGGAGCUGCGCGCCCCUCUCUGCCCAGACCGCGAGACCGGGGAGAAGACGCGGGUGGCCCGGAGCUGCCUGGGGCCGGCCGAAUCCCUUUGCAUCCUGCUACGUUAUGGCCCGGAGGCCGGAGCCGCCGACCGAGGCCAAGGAAGGCUCGGGUCCGGCGCGUUAGCCGGCUUUGCGCACGCCGUUUGGACCCAUCGCUCCUCCGAGCCCCGUCCGCGUGGGUCAGCCCACCCGGUCCCUCGCCGCGGACCCGCCGCCCAGGCGGGCGGUGCGGAGCCGGCCUGGGAGAAGCCGACCCUGGUCUAGACUGGGGCGUGCGCGCUGGAGCCGGAGAGGGAGCUGUCCGAGGGCACUAGCCGCUGGCCGCCCUCCUCGGGCUUUGCGUCCCGGCGUCGCCCCGGGUGGCGGCGGCCCGCGACGCCGGGUUCCGCACCGCACGGAAACUUUUCCUUCUCCAGAUGGAUUAAAGUUGCCCGGAUCUGCUGCUCUUUCUUUGCCGACGUUCACUGGCACCUAAUCUGGGGUUCUGAUGCUGGAAGUGCUGCAGGGCGCUCGCGAGAAGCAAGCCGCGCGCUGCGUGCGCGGUCCCCGGCCAAAGCGAAGGGAUCGGAACCGGCCGUGGACACCCGAACGCUUCGGGCGAGUUCGGAUUCGGGCUGCGCCGAGCAGAUCCCGCAUUUGCUGUCCAGGCAGCCUCCGAGAGAGCCCGCUGGCCCCCCGGGCCUGGGACCCCGCACGUGCGGCUCCCCCCUCGCCACGCAGAUCCUGCAGGGGGCACCAGCCCAGGGAGGUGGAAGCUCCUCCCGCCCGCAGCUGCGCCCCCAGCCGCUUGGAGGGUGUAGCCGGAGGCGCCCGGGACGCCCCCACCCCUCAAAGUGUCCCCGAAUUGCACUCCUGGCCCCCCGCCCCCCGAGAGCAUCCACAGAGACCGCCGGGCGCCAGGACCACCUGGAGUUGGAUGUGACCCAGCCCGGCCGGGGCCAAGUCGUCGGCGACUAGUUGCCCCUCCCGGGAGCUCGCGCCUCGGCCAUGGCCCCGGGGAUGCCGGGCCGCGGCGGCGCCGCCCUGCUCUGCCUCUCGGCGCUGCUCGCCCACGCCUCAGGCCGCUCCCACCCAGCCAGCCCCAGCCCACCGGGGCCGCAGGCCAGCCGGGUGCUGCCCAUCAGCUACCGCCUGUCCCACACGCGGCUGGCCUUCUUCCUGCGGGAGGCCCGUCCUCCGCCGCCCACACUGGCCAACGGCUCCCUGCAGCGCUCCGAGCCCUUCGUGGUGUUCCAGACCAAGGAGCUGCCCGUCCUCAACGUCUCGCUGGGGCCCUUCAGCACCAGUCAGGUGGUGGCCCGAGAGCUCCUGCAGCCGUCCAGCACCCUGGACAUCCCCGAGCGCCUGACGGUCAACUGGAAGGUGCGGGCCUUCAUCGUCCAGGCCCGCGUGCCCGCCUCGCAGCCCGUGGCCCAGGUGCUGUUCUACGUGGCGGGCCGGGACUGGGACGACUUCGGGGUGGCCGAGCGGCUGCCCUGCGUCCGCCUGCACGCCUUCCGGGACGCCCGUGAGGUCAAGAGCUCCUGCCGCCUCGGCGGGGGCCUGGCCACGUGCCUGGUGCGGGCCGAGCUGCCCCUGGCCUGGUUUGGACCCCCAGCGCCGGCCUCGCCGCCCACGGCCCGCCGAAAGGCCCCCGAUGGGCUGGAGCCCGAGGCCGCGGGGGAGAGCCAGCAGGCCGAGCUCUACUACACGCUGCACGCCCCCGACGCGGCUGGGGGCUGCGGGGGCAGCCGCCGGGGCCCAGGGGCUGGGCUGGGGGCGCGCGCCGAGAGCCCCACGCAGCACCCGCUGCUGCGCAUUGGCAGUAUCAGCCUGUUCCGGCCGCCCCCGCGGAGGACACUGCAGGAGCACCGGCUGGACGGCAACCUGAUGAUCCGCCUGCCCGACCGGCCCCUCAAGCCCGGGGAGGUGCUCAGCAUCCUCCUCUACCUGGCCCCCAACAGCUCCUCGCCCGCUGGCCCCAGUGUGGAGCACUUCACGCUCAGGGUGAAGGCCAAGAAGGGAGUGACCCUUCUGGGCACCAAGUCACGGAGUGGCCAGUGGCAUGUGACCUCAGAGCUGCUGACUGGCGCCAAGCACUCAACAGCCACCGUGGACGUGUCCUGGGCCCAGGGCACGCCCCUACCCCCAUGGGAGGGCCAGGGGCCCCUAGAGAUACUGCAGCUGGACUUUGAGAUGGAGAAUUUCACCAGCCAGUCGGUCAAGCGAAGGAUCAUGUGGCACAUCGACUACCGCGGACAUGGCGCCCUGCCUGACCUGGAGCGGGCGGUCACUGAGCUGACGGUCAUCCAGCGGGAUGUGCAGGCCAUCUUGCCCCUUGCCAUGGACACUGAGAUCAUCAACACAGCCAUCCUGACCGGCCGGACAGUGGCCAUCCCUGUCAAAGUGAUCGCCAUCGAGGUGACUGGCCUUGUCCUGGAUGUCUCUGCCUUUGUAGAGUGCGAGUCUGACAAUGAGGACAUCAUCAAGGUCUCCAGCAGCUGCGACUACGUGUUCGUGAGCGGGAAGGAGACGCGGGGGUCCAUGAACGCCAGGGUCACCUUCCGCUACGACGUGCUUCAAGCCCCCCUCGAGAUGACGGUCUGGGUGCCCAAGCUGCCCCUACACAUCGAGCUCUCGGACGCCCGCCUCAGCCAAGUGAAGGGCUGGAGGGUGCCCAUCCUCCCUGACCGGAGGUCAGCUCGGGAGAGUGAGGAUGAGGACGAGGACGAGGAGGAACGGCGACAGAGCGCCAGCCGCGGCUGUACCCUGCAGUACCAGCACGCCACCCUGCAGGUCUUCACCCAGUUCCACACCACAUCGUCCGAGGGCACCGGCCAGGUGGUCCCCAUGCUAGGCCCAGACUGGCUGGUGGAGGUCACCGACCUGGUCAGUGACUUCCUGCGAGUGGGUGACCCCCGGGUGGCACGCCUGGUGGACAGCAGCACCCUGGCAGGCCUGGAACCGGGUACCACCCCCUUCAAGGUGGUGUCCCCGCUGACCGAGUCCGUGCUCGGGGAGACGCUGCUCACGGUGACGGAGGAGAAGGUCAGCAUCACGCAGCUGCAGGCACAGGUGGUAGCCAGCCUGGCACUAUCCCUGAGGCCCAGCCCAGGCAGCAGCCACACCAUCCUGGCCACCACGGCCGCCCAGCAGACCCUCAGUUUCCUCAAGCAGGAAGGCCUCCUGAGCAUCUGGCUCUCCUACAGCGACGGCACCACGGCCCCCCUCUCCCUCUACAGCCCUCGGGACUAUGGGCUGCUGGUGAGCAGCCUGGACGAGCGGGUGGCCAAGGUGACCCAGGACCGGGCCUUCCCGCUGGUGGUGGCCCAGGCCGAGGGGGCCGGGGAACUGCUCCGGGCCGAGCUCAGCAUCGCCGAGAGCUGCCAGAAGACCAAGCGCAAGAGUGUGCUGGCCACCACCCCUGUGGGCCUGCGCGUGCACUUUGGGCGGGACGAGGAAGACCCCACCUACGACUACCCGGGACCCAGCCAGCCAGGGCCCGGCGGGGGCGAGGACGAGGCGCGGGGAGCUGGGCCCCCCGGUACGGCGUUCCCUCCGCCUGGGGCACCCGGCCAGGGCACCGGCAGCCCUGCCGUGCUGCCCACGGAGGACAUCCUGCCGCUGCCCACUGGCUUCCUGCAGAUGCCGCGGGGCCUGACAGACCUGGAGAUCGGCAUGUACGCGCUGCUGGGCGUCUUCUGCCUGGCCAUCCUCGUCUUUCUCAUCAACUGCAUCGUCUUCGUGCUGCGCUACCGCCACAAGCGCAUCCCGCCCGAGGGCCAGACCAGCAUGGACCAUUCCCACCACUGGGUGUUUCUGGGCAACGGGCAGCCGCUGCGGGUGCAGGGCGAGCUGUCGCCGCCCGUGGGCAACCCGUUGGAGACGGUGCCCGCCUGCUGCCAUGGCGACCACCACAGCAGCGGCAGCUCGCAGACCAGCGUCCAGAGCCAGGUGCAUGGGCGGGGGGACGGCUCGUCGGGGGGCUCGGCCCGGGACCAGGCCGAGGACCCCGCCAGCUCGCCCACCUCCAAGCGCAAGCGGGUCAAGUUUUCCACCUUCACCACGCUGCCCUCGGAGGAGCUGGCCUAUGACUCGGUGCCCGCCGGCGAGGAGGACGAGGAGGAUGAGGAGGGCCUGGGCUGGGGCUGCCCCGACGUGGCGGGCAGCGGGCGCCCCAUGCCCCCGCCAGACCUGCACAACUACAUGCGCAGAAUCAAAGAGAUGGCCUAGAGGCGAGAUGGUGAUGGGCCGGUCGCUGGCAGGCUGGGCUCCCCA